AUGACAUUAGUUCACUGACUGGUUGUCUCUGCAGGAAUGAGAUGCGGUCGAUCUUUGGCAAGUUAGCCCUCACUGCAACAAUCCAAGUUUCACUUCCGUCCAAAGUUUUUUUUUGCAGAGAAAAGUGUUCGCCUGGUGAAGAGAUUGUGUGUGUGUUUGUGUGUUUUUGACACGGGAUAUGGCUUCCGCGGGAGUGGCGUGUCUGCCUGCAAUCCGCAGGAUCGCUGUGUUCGGGGGCACUCAUGGGAAUGAGCUGUCAGGGGUAUUUUUAGUCAGGCACUGGCUUAAGGACAAAUCGGAGCUCCAGCGCCCUUCCUUGGAGGUACAGCCCUAUCUCAGCAAUCCCGCCGCUGUGCAGAGAUGUACCCGCUAUGUGGACUGUGACUUGAACCGAGCCUUCACGGAGGAAAACCUCAGCAUGCCAUUGAGUGAUUCGAUGCCUUAUGAAGUGAAAAGAGCCCAGGAGAUAAACCAUUUAUUUGGACCAAAAGGCAAUGAGAAUGCCUAUGACUUUAUUAUAGAUCUUCACAAUACUACCUCCAAUGUUGGAAACUGCCUGAUUAUGAAAACAUCCAAGGAUGAUUUUACCAUCCAGAUGAUUCAUUAUAUUAAGAAUACGUUGAUACAUGAUAAUUGCCGGGUGCUGCUGCUCGAAAACCCUGCGGUCCAAUAUGGUGCAGUACGAACUGUUGCUAAACACAGUGUAGGGCUCGAAAUAGGUCCUCAACCUCAAGGAGUAAUCAGGGCAAAUAUUUUAGAAAAUAUGAGGAAGCUUGUGAACAGUGCCCUGGAUUUUGCACAUUUCUACAAUGAAGGUAAGGAAUUCCCUCCAUGCACCCUUGAUGUUUACAGAGCUUUUGAGAAAGUCGAUUACCCCAGGGACUCGGAAGGACAGAUUAUUGGUAUCAUUCAUCCUCAGCUUCAAGACAACGACUGGAAACAACUGAAACCAGGUGAUCCUUCGUUUCUGACCCUGAAUGGAAGGACCAUUCCUUACAAUGGAAGCAGUGCUGUGUAUCCAGUGUUUGUAAAUGAAGCUGCUUAUUAUGAGAAAAAGUCCGCCUUUCUGUUAACUGAGAAAGUAACUCUGAAAGCAAAUAGUAUGAAGGUUUCAAAACCUUAAUCUAAUGGAUUCUCUAGACAUCUUACUGCCAUUAAUCAGACCAAAGACUAAUUCCACAAACACUAUGCAUUGUAACAGAAGAAGCAUUGCUGCUUUUAAUUGUUUUUUUUCUCUUUUUAUUUGAAAGAAAGGUGAAUGUGCUCUAGUGCAGCCAGUCUAUUUUGAACAGGCAGUAUCUCUUUUGAAUCACUGUCAGCUGUUGUGAGUCAUAACUUGGAGGAAAAGAUCACAUUCAUUUCCCAAACUGUGUCAAAAAGGACCAUUUAGCUGUGGCAAGAAUUUCUAUCUAUCGGAGAAUGUGAAAAAGCUUGUUCUCUAAGCAGUUAUUGCUGCCUACCCUCGGUACAGACAAUUGCAAAGCCAUCAGCAUGAAAAUGGGGUGCUAAGAUUUUGUAUUAGUCAAUUCUUUUAGAGUUAAUUUGUUCACUGAGCCCUAUGAAAAUAUAAAUGUGGACUAAUUUGCAACUAAUGCCAUGGAGUGACUGAACGUACGUUUACAACAGUGCAGGGUAAACUUUUUUCUGCUUUCCAAUACAGCAAUAUGUUGAAAUAAUGCAAAUAUAUGCUAGUUUUUAUUUAAAACACAAUCUGUGUUUAAACAUCUUCUGAUAUUACAUGUCGGUCUCUUUUUGCUGGGAUCCCUCAGGAGAGUGAUACCUUCAAAAUCUAAAACCUGCAGACUGAUAUUUUAAAGGAUGCCCAACUUCAUUUUAUACUAAACAGUUUUAGAAAGAGAUAAACCACUUGGUAAGCCUCAGGAGAAUAUUCUGGUUCCAUUCCUUCACAUUUAUGUGGUUUCUGCACCAGGGCUGAAAGUGCAGUCAUGAUCUGAAGUGGCAAUAUAUUCACCUCUUAAAUCAAUAACUUAGAAACCAGAGGAUGGGCUUUGUUUUUAUCAUGAGCAUCGUGUACCAACCUUCCAAAGAAAAUGUGGAAAUGAAAUCAAUGCUUCACUGAAUUGAUGAAUGAAUCAGUGAAUUCAAUCCUACUGACAUCUUAGUUAAUUCAGCAAGACAAAUAAGGAGUUCCUUCAUAACACUCAUAUUGUAGACAGGGCCUAUGUGACCAUAGCAGGAUGAUAAUUGAAAAUGGGAGUUUUAUGGGCAGUGUGGAUCUGUGCCUACUAGCAGCAGACCAGCAGAACAGAAAACUAAUGAGGGAUUGUUCAAGACCAAGGUGGAAAUGCUGUUUCUCUUAGAGUCCUGAUGUUGGGAACAGUAUCCAGUAACCUGAAAAUGAGUGGAUAAACAUUGGAGGCAUCAGCGAUUGUGCAAACAGGCCAAAGAUCAUUCUGUAAAUCAUGAAAGGUUUAAUUGCCCUAAAGAUUACACAAGGAAAUUGAUAGUAGAUGCUUUUGAUCUCUGAAAUUCUCUGGAGAUUUAUAUCAACCCUUGCUUUACACUGCUGUGAAUCUGUCUAAUUUAUUUCCAAUAGAGGAGCAUGAUUUGAUUGGAACCAUACUGCUCUAUAAUGUUUCAAGGUGAGAACGGCAUUUGAAAUCUGAUGAAAAACCGAAAGGAUUGUAUCUGCUAGAGAUCAGAAAUUGCUGGAAAAACCCAGCAGGUCUGGCAGCAUCUGUGGAGAGAAAUCAGAGUUAACAUUUUGGGUCAAAUGACCUUUCUUCAGACCUCAAGAGAACAGAAAGUUCUGAGGAAGUGUCACUGAACUCACUGCUAGACCUGCUGAGUUUUUCUAGCAACUUUUAUUCUUGUUUGAAUAUAUAUAAUACUGAUUUGAGGAAAUGCAUUGUAAAUAUUUUACCAUUGAGUGUGGCAAAACUAACGGUUUAAUAUUAUUUGCAAAUCAAUUCUCAUUGCCUUACAUUUUAGUUUCAUUGGGAGCCAUGAAUCUGUACAAUGCAUAUCAGUGUCACUACUAAGGAUUGGUUAGAAUCUUUAUCCGUUGGGGUAGCAGGGUCUUCUUACUGUAAUGAGCAGUACUUAGCUGAGCUGAAAGCUAUCAGGAUUGGAAGUGAGCUUGAAAACUACAUAAUUCUAAAAUUCAAAAUAUUGUCCUCUGAUGAGAGAAGGGAUGAUAUGGAGGUGCUCAUGUUGGACUGGGGUGGACAAGGUGAGAAGUCAUCAGGUUAUAAUCCAACAGGUUUAUUUGAAAUCACAAGUUUUCGGAGCCAUGCUCCUUCAUCAGGCAAAGUCACUUCACCUGAUGAAGGAGCAGUGCUCUGAAAGCUUGGGAUUUCAAAUAAAUCUGUUGGACUGUAACCAAGAGAAUGGAUGUCCAAUUACUAUAGACUUUUUACAAUUUUUGAAUUUCUACAUUCAAAACAUAAUAGAGGAUUUUAUCCUGUUUUAUGACUUCUGUGACUGAAGUACAAUUUUUUAAAAAAUAUCUUUUAAUGGCAUUGAUGUGUUCUUUUUCCAUCAUGUAUCUGCAAAAGCAAGUAUUUUCUUCAAUUUUAAAUCUAACUCAUGGACAAAUUCUUCAAAAGUAAUGUCAUAGAAUUCCAGAGUUAACAGAUAUCUUCUUCUUUAGUUGCUGAAGUUUUUAUUGCAACUAAUCUCAUGCCAAAGAUUAACAUUAAACACCUCAUUAAUAUAGAGAGGAGCUCACGUUAUUUUGGAGUCUUUGAAAAGCUUCGUAAUCCCAUACAUUGUUUUUAAAAUAUUGUGCUAAUUUUACUUUUUCUGACUCAUUGUAACUAACAUGAAUGUCUAUAAAUCAAAUAUGUUUGUUUCAAAUGUAUUCUUUUAUGAUGAGAUUUAAAAACCUUGAUCAUUGUUAUUGGAAUAUCAUGACUAACUAUGCAAAUCCUAACCAAUCAGGGAGUCCUCCUGGUUAGAAACAGCAGCUAUUUUUUAAUAUGGCAUGCCAUUCUGUUAUCAGGCAUUAGCCAGUUACUCUGGGAUUGUGUAGGCUGGAACUUUGUCUUUUGCUUACUAAUUUUAUCAUUAAAGAUUUUUGAACCAUCAUGUUGUUUUGGAGAUUAUUUUAACAAUAUUUAA